AUGGACGUCGAACGGGGCGUGAAGGAGUACGAUCCAAUGUCCAGCGAGGCGCUGCCGUCCCCACAUUCUCGAGAUGAGUGGCCCAAGAGCCCGAUAUACCAGCCGACAUCCUCAUUCUACACCCAGCCCCACUUCACUCUGCUUCAUCUUGCUAUCGCUUUCCUUGCUGGAUCCUUAGGCUGUUUCUUCGCUCAAUACGCUAUAUUACGCCUCCUUACGUUCGGCUCGACGGAACGGGACAUUUUCCCACCAGCUACGCCGACGAAUGCUUUCCCCUCUCUCUUCCCUACGGACGUUGGGUAUGCUGGGGGAACACCCACAGGAGUCGAGCCUGCGUUGAUAGCAACGGCCCCAUCAUACCCUAUUCACAGCGGGGCCGCGGUUCUCGUCGCGCCUCAGGUGAUGACGCACCAAGAGAAGACGAAGUCAUUUGAUCUAUUCAAGAAGUGGGGCAACCUUUCGCCGUGGUACAGCGUAGAUAGGAAGACAUUUGGGCUGGAUUCGAGUCCCGAGACGCCAGAGACAUGUAGGAUUACGGGCCUGCAUUUCUUGCAUAGACAUGGAGCCAGGUAUCCGACCGCUUGGGCGUCAUAUGGUGGCCCGGCGAAUUUCUCGGGAAGGCUGCACGAUGCUGCUGCAGGGCUGAGUGCGUCCGGGGAUUUGGAAUUUUUGAACGAAUGGACGUACAAGCUCGGUGAAGAAGUCCUUACGCCCUUUGGGAGACAACAGCUUUAUGACUUGGGUAUUUCUAUGAGACUCAAAUAUGGAUAUCUUCUCAAGAACUUUACGGAGUCCAACACCAUUCCUGUCUUCCGGACCGAAUCCCAAGAUCGUAUGCUCAACUCCGCUAUGAACUUCGCAAUUGGCUUCUUUGGAUACCCAUUCGAAGGUCAGUAUCAGCAAAGUAUCACCAUCGAAGCAACUGGAUUCAACAAUACUUUGGCCCCGUAUGACACAUGUCCGAACGCCAAGAUCAGUUCCAGAAGCGAUCGCGGCAAGUGGUACGUGGAACGAUGGGCUGGCAUCUACUUGAAGAAUGCCCAGGAGCGUCUCCAACGUCAACUCAACGGGUAUAAUUUGACCAUUGAAGACACGUAUGUUCUUCAGCAGAUGUGUGCAUACGAGACGGUGGCGCUGGGGUAUUCGCAAUUCUGCACGCUCUUUACGGAAGAAGAAUGGGAAGGCUUCGAUUAUGCUCUGGAUCUGAGUUUCUGGUACAACUCCGCAUUCGGAUCUCCCGUUGCUCGUGUUCAGGGCACCGGGUAUGUUCAAGAGCUCGUGGCCCGGCUCACGCAGGAACGUAUCAAGGAACAUAGGCUCUCGACGAACGCCACGCUGGACGACAACCCUACGACUUUCCCCUUUGGGGACAGUUUGUAUGUGGAUGCUACCCACGAAGUGGUGGUUUUGAACAUCAUCACCGCAUUGAACUUGACAACUUUAGCAGCCACUGGACCGCUCCCGUACGACCACAUACCCGAAAACCGGUCAUUCAAGGUAUCCGAGCUGGCUCCGUUUGCUACAAACGUGCAAUUCCAAUUAUUGGAAUGUACGUCGGUUCCGGGACAGCAAAUCCGUAUCGUUAUCAACGAUGGAGUCGUACCGCUCACUGGGAUCAAGGGGUGUCCUGACCAGAAGGAUGGUAUGUGCCCGGUGGAGACGUUUGUGGCGUCGCAGAAGGAGUUGAUUGAUAAGGCUGACUGGGUAUAUGAUUGUUAUGAGGAGUGGGAUAUACCGUCGGGACCGGCGUGGGAGACGGUCACAGGUGAUUCGCCCAAAUUCUGA